AUUUAAUCUUAUCUAAGACGUAUAUUAUUCCUGUAACAGUAUUGAACUCCGCGUUGUUCCCGUGUUUGGAGUCUGGACGUGCAAUUGGAUGCUUCUACAAAUUUGCAGGAGACUCUCUUUGAGGAUCUCUUCAAAGGAACGCCAUAGAGAGUCUUUUUCUAGAUUCUAUGCCAUCUCUCGUUUUCCCAGCCGUGGAAGGCCAGUUGGGGCCGGUAGACGUCAGCCACUUUUGGAAAAACCAAGCAGGCAAGAACCACCUCCCGGUACAACAGAACCACUAAUAGAUCCUUCUGUGAGAGAUUCGCCGCUAUGGAAAGCAGGAGAAUCUUUGGAUGCCAGUGGUUCAGCAGAAGGUCUUGAACGGCUUCUUGCGAACGAUUCGUUAAUUGUGGAAAGGCAAAUCGAAAUGUUAAAUGUCUUUAUCGGGUUCGAGCAAACCAACAAAUACACCAUCAGUAAUUCCGCCGGCGAACAAGUCGGUUUCAUAGCUGAAGAACCUGGAGGUUUUCUCUCUUCCUUCAAUCGACAAAUCUUCGCAACGCAUCGUCCCUUCAAAGCGCUUGUCAUGGAUUCAUCCGGUACCCCAAUUCUCUGGGUACGACGUCCUUUUGCUUGGAUAAACUCAAGAAUGUAUGUACAACGCCCCACUCCCGGACAAGAAGUUUCCGAAUCGGUCUUGCUCGAUACUUUCGGAGAGGUGCAGCAAAUUUGGCACCCUUUCAGACGACGAUAUGACCUGUUCUUGCGAGAUAGUCCAAAACGAAUUCUAUCCUUGAGUUCAGACCCUCAACCGGAACCUGAGCUAGAUACGAAUACAUUCAGUCAGAUAGCCACCGUCGAUGCUCCCUUUUUAGCCUGGGACUUUAGUGUACUGGAUGCUGCUGCGCGGGAGAUGACGUUCAUUAGUCGAAGCUUCAGAGGAUUAGGUAGAGAAAUAUUCACAGACACAGGAAAAUACCUUCUUCACUUUGGACCCCGACGAUCUGAGGUAGACGCCACAGGAAAUAUGCUAUAUAGCACCCAAACUCCUCUUCUUAGCCUAGAACAGCGUGCUUUAUUCCUCGCUCUAGCAGUCAACAUUGAUUUUGACUAUUUCUCCCGACAUUCAGGUGGCCACGGAUUUUUCCACUUUGGGGUCUGGGAUUAGACUUAUUUUACAAGUAAACGUGGCCACUGUCAAUCAACAAGGAUGAAAGUGAUGGGAGAACUUUGUGAUCACUGGCAGGAGGUUAUACAGACAUAGUAAAAAA